AACCAGACCACGCUGACCAACUCCACCCCGUUGCGGGCUGCUUGCUUUGAUGGGCACCUGGAGAUUGUGCGCUACUUAGUCGGGGAGCGCGGGGCUGACCUGGAAGUAGCCAACCGGCACGGACACACUUGUUUGAUGAUUUCUUGCUACAAAGGUCACCGGGAAAUCGCACGGUACUUGCUAGAGAAAGGGGCUGAUGUCAACCGUCGGAGCGUGAAGGGGAACACGGCCCUGCAUGACUGUGCUGAGUCCGGCAGCCUGGAGAUCCUGCAGCUCCUGCUCCGCUCCAAAGCCCGCAUGGAGAAGGAUGGCUAUGGCAUGACUCCUCUCGGUCACACCAACAUUGUGGAGUACCUCAUCCAAGGAGGGCUGCAGCAGGAGGAGGAGGCUGCUGCAGUGGAAGCACUGGAGUUGCUGGGUGCUACGUUUGUGGAUAAGAAACGUGACCUUUUGGGAGCCCACAAGUACUGGCGAAGGGCGAUGGAGCUUCGGUGCGAAGGCGGGCAAUACCUGCCUAAACCUGAGCCCCGGCAGCUGGUGUUGGCCUAUGACUAUUCCCGGGAAGUGAGUUCGCUGGAGGAACUGGAAGCCUUGAUCACUGAUCCAGAUGAGAUGCGCAUGCAGGCGCUGCUGAUUAGAGAGCGCAUCUUGGGUCCUUCCCACCCUGACACGUCCUAUUACAUCCGCUACCGAGGAGCAGUCUACGCUGACUCCGGCAACUUUGAACGCUGCAUUAACCUGUGGAAGUAUGCUCUGGACAUGCAGCAAGGCAACCUGGAGCCUCUCAGCCCGAUGACAGCCAGCAGUUUCCUUUCCUUUGCUGAGCUUUUCUCUUACGUGCUUCAGGACCGCUCCAAAGGCACUUUAGCGACGCACUUGGGCUUCUCUGACCUCAUGGGAGUCCUGAGCAAAGGGGUCCGGGAGGUGGAGAGGGCUCUGGUGCACGGCAAGGACCCUGUAGUUGACUCAGCGCAGUUCACCAAGACACUGGCCAUUAUCCUCCACCUGGUCUUCUUGCUGGAGAAGGUGGAGUGCACCCCGGAGCAGGAGCACCAGAAGCGCCAGACUAUCUACCGCCUGCUGAAGUGCAGCCCCCGGGCCAAGAAUGGCUUCACUCCUUUGCAUAUGGCUGUGGACAAAGAUACCACGACAGUGGGACGUUAUCCCGUGGGCAAGUUCCCCUCACUCCACGUUGUGAACUUGCUUCUGGAGUGUGGGGCUGACCCAGACAGCCGUGACUACGACAACAACACCCCGCUUCACAUUGCUGCCCGCAACAACUGCCCGCUGAUCAUGAGUGCCCUGAUGGAGGCUGGAGCCCAUAUGGAUGCCACCAACGCCUUCAAGCAGACCGCUUACGAGCUGCUGGAUGAGAAGCUGCUCACCAAGAGCACGAUGCAGCCCUUCAACUACAUCGCCCUCCAGUGCCUUGCUGCUCGCGCCCUGGACAAGCACAAGAUUCCCUACAAGGGUUUCAUCCCCGAGGAGCUGGAAGCCUUCAUUGAACUGCACUAGGGUGAGAAGAGCUGAAGUCCCCGGCCUUUCCUGUCCCCUGUUUCACCCCGUGGAGGUAGCACAGCCUGAGAUUUCAGGCCAUCCUUGCUGAGGUGCCGAAGGCCGUCGCUGUGCUGAGACAGGCUGCAAGCUUUGUCCUCGUCUGUCACCGUCACGCUGAUGUGCGCAGGGGUAGGGGAGGAGGAGGAGGCUCGAGAGCUCAUGGCUGUCCCUCAUUGUUGUCAUCUUCAGGUACCAGAUAUCUCCAGUGCACUGUAUCCAGAGAGGGCUCCAGCCCCUGCCCCUUCCCCUGCCAACCAUCUUGUCCUGAGAAGGAUGGAAAAUGGAGAUUCCCUGGGACCUGCUGCCUCUCCCGUUAGUGCUGGAUUAGCUCAGUGUUAGGCUUUGGAGCAGCUACACAUCACACACGUGCUCUAGCCCUUCCUAUCCCAAAUACCGAACAGCUAGGAAUGCAA